AUGAUCACCGGGCGGGACAUCUACGACGUACUGGCGGCGAUCGUGCCGCUGUACGUGGCCAUGUUCCUGGCGUACGGGUCGGUGCGGUGGUGGGGCAUCUUCACCCCGGACCAGUGCUCGGGCAUCAACCGCUUCGUGGCCGUCUUCGCCGUGCCGCUGCUCUCCUUCCACUUCAUCUCCAGCUGCGACCCCUACGCGAUGCAGUACCGGUUCCUGGCGGCCGACUCGCUCCAGAAGCUCGUCAUCCUGGCGGCGCUGGCCGUGUGGCACAACGUGCUCUCCCGCUACCGCCGUGGCGCGGCGGCGGCGUCGCUGGACUGGACCAUCACGCUCUUCUCGCUGUCCACGCUGCCCAACACGCUGGUGAUGGGAAUCCCGCUGCUCCGCGCCAUGUACGGCGACUUCUCGGGCAACCUCAUGGUGCAGAUCGUGGUGCUGCAGAGCGUCAUCUGGUACACGCUCAUGCUCUUCCUCUUCGAGUACCGCGGCGCCAAGGCGCUCAUCUCCGAGCAGUUCCCGCCCGACGUCGGCGCCAGCAUCGCCUCCUUCAGGGUCGACUCCGACGUCGUCUCGCUCAACGGCCGCGAGGCGCUGCAGGCGGACGCCGAGGUCGGCAGCGACGGCCGCGUCCACGUCGUCAUCCGACGCUCGGCCUCCGCGUCCACCACGGGCGGCGGCGGCGGGGCCGCGCGCUCCGGCGUCGGGUACGGCCGCCCCUACGGCCCGUCCUCGGCCAUGACCCCGCGCGCCUCCAACCUCACGGGCGUCGAGAUCUACUCGCUGCAGACGUCGCGGGAGCCCACGCCCCGCGGUUCCAGCUUCAACCAGUCCGACUUCUACGCCAUGUUCAACGGCAGCAAGAUGGCCAGCCCGCUCGCGCAGCCCGGCGCCGCCGCCGGCGCACGUGCGCCGGGGCUCGACGAGCAGGUGGCCAACAAGUUCGCGACUGGGAAGGGCGGCGGUGACGCGAUGGCGUACCCCGCGCCCAACCCCGGCAUGAUGCCACCGCCACGGAAGAAGGAGCUCGGGGGCUCCAACUCCAACUCCAACAAGGAGCUGCACAUGUUCGUGUGGAGCUCCAGCGCGUCGCCCGUGUCGGAGGCCAACCUCCGCAACGCCGUCAACCACGCCGCCUCCACCGACUUCGCUGCCGCGCCACCGCCACCGAUGCCGGUCGACGGCGCCACCCCAAAAGGCGUGAGUGGGACUGUGACGCCGGCCAAGAAGCCGGACCCCGCGGCCAACGGCGGCGACCUGGAGAUCGAGGACGGCCUCAAGAGCCCCGCGACGGGCCUGGCCGCCAAGUUCCCCGUGUCGGGCUCGCCGUACGUGGCCCCGCGCAAGAAGGGCGCCGACGCGCCGGGGCUGGAGGAGGCCGCGCACCCGAUGCCGCCGGCGAGCGUGAUGACGCGCCUCAUCCUCAUCAUGGUGUGGCGGAAGCUCAUCAGGAACCCCAACACCUACUCCAGCCUCAUCGGCCUCGUCUGGUCCCUCGUCUCGUUCAGGUUUAACAUCCAGAUGCCCUCAAUUAUAAAGGGGUCAAUAUCUAUAUUGUCCGAUGCAGGGCUAGGCAUGGCUAUGUUCAGCUUAGGUCUGUUCAUGGCUCUGCAACCAAAGAUCAUCUCUUGUGGUAAGAGGGUGGCGACGUUCGCCAUGGCGGUGAGAUUUUUGACUGGUCCGGCGGUGAUCGCGGCUACCUCCAUCGCCAUUGGGCUCCGGGGAGUGCUCCUGCACGUUGCCAUCGUUCAGGCUGCACUUCCACAAGGCAUCGUUCCCUUUGUGUUUGCCAAGGAAUACAACUGCCAUCCUCAAAUACUUAGCACAGCGGUUAUAUUCGGGAUGCUCAUCGCGCUUCCAAUCACAAUACUCUACUAUGUUCUUCUUGGAAUUUAG